AUGUAAAUGAAAUUAUUGUGAAUGGGACAACGGUCGAAUUUAAUGCUAAAGGAACGAUAGCGAUAUUAGCGACCAGCACGAUUAGUAAUAUAGCAGUUGUCUCAAUCGGAUUCAUGUUAAGCUACAAUUGGGCCAUUAAAGGGGUAAUAAAACAAGGAAUUUAUUGCGAUAUACAAGGAUUCCUCAUCAAUUUAGGAGACGUUGCGUCGGGAUUUUGGGCAUUCAUAAUAUGCGUGCACACUUAUAUGCUCGUGGUCCAUUCUUAUGAAUAUCCACAUAUAGUAUUUCUAUCCAUGAUAACCAUAUGGCCGUUCAAUAUCUUAAUAUCGGCUUUAGGUUUCGCUAUUCAAAAUGCCUCCGAUGGUAAAAGGUUUUAUGGUAGCGCGGGCGGUAGUUGGUGUUGGAUUGAUAGUGGUUUUCAAGAAUAUCGAAUUGGUUUUCAUUACGGAAUCAUCUUAUUCAUCGCCGCGGCCAUGAUCACCCUUUAUGCCGUUAUGUUUGUGAUAUUGUACAGACGUCAACGAACAAUGUCAACGAGAGGAUCAAGGAGGGUUUUACAGAAUGUGAAUAAGAAGCUUGUAUGGUAUCCCGCCGUCUAUAUCGUUCUCAUAUUUCCGUUAGCCCUACAACGUAUCGUUGGUCUUGCUUCUCAAAAUACACUUAUUUGGUCUUCUAAAUAUUUAAUUGCUGCUGGAAGUAUCUUUACGAGCGCAGGAUUAGCAAAUGCGAUCAUUUAUGGUAUAACUCGUAACCUUGUAUCCGUAAAACCUGUGAUGGCCAUGGUACCCAAAAUUCGUCGAUUCACCAACACGGUCGCAUCACCAACGACUACCUACUUUACAAAUACGCGGAGUUCGUUCUUUUUUAACUCAAAUUCCGGCAGAAUCACCACCGACAUGGAUCCCAUGUCAAUCAUUUCAAUUACAGCCACACAGCCGAUGCGAAUAAGUUAUAUGGAAAACCCGACGAUUUAUGAGUGUGAUGAUGAAAGUCGGUAUCUAACGAGUACUAACGCGGUGACUCCGCCAAGUCCUACUCAUUCAACUGAUCCAUUAAACAGCCAUAAUCAUAAUUCUUCGGAUACGAUCUCUCCCGUCUGA